GCAGUCGUGUUUGACGCGCGCGCCAAGAAGGUUUGUGAUAUGCUUAUAUGCAUUCGCCGUUUGAGAAACAUUAAAAUUUUUAGAAAAUCAAAUACAUAAGUAAUAGGUACAUAUCUCCCCACUGUUUAUAGACUUAAACAAAUUUUAAAUGUUUGUGUGUAUGUGAAAUGCGCCGGAGACUGCCGUUAAUCACGUAUGAUUGAGAGUUUGGCAAUUAAAAAUUGAAAGUGCUAUGAUUGCUGGCCAAAUUUAUAUCGCUUAUUGAAUAAGCUUGCCAGAAGUCUUUUUAAAUACUACGAAAAAGUGAAAUAAAGCAAUAGUAAAUGCUGUUUGCCCUAUAAUUUUUAUAUUUAAUAAUGAAAUAUAAGUGGGUUUUAUUUAAAUAACAGAUAUUUCAAAAUAGCUGAAAUAUGGUUAUCCAUAACUGUUUGAAUUUACUAAUGCGGUUGACCUCAUUCCGGCUGGUGUAAAAGUGUGCUAAAUAUUUUUUUUAACAAAUCCACUAGCUAAAUUAAACCCACAACGAAGAUUUAUAGCAACAGUUACUUUUCAACACAAACUAUAACUUUGUGUAAUCAAGUGCUGCUUUGAAAUCAUCAUAAGCCAAACUGCAAAAGUAAUUUUGUGUUUCAGGAAUUAUUGGACGCUCUGGAAACUAUUAAAAUAUGCUAUAACUGACUGUGUCCAAAAUGCACGGGAUUUUGCAAAUUUAAAUUGGCGUAUGUUAAAGGCUUUACAAAAUCCUUCGACAUGUUUCACUGGAUGGAAAUACCAUUAAUAUUUAUAAUUUUUCAAGAUUGCACCCAAAGUUUGCGACUGGUUGAGGUGAGAAUACCAAAUUACGUGGUUAAGGGCUCAUCAGCACUACUCGAAUGCCUUUACGACUUGGAUGGUGAGUCGCUGUACUCGGUGAAGUGGUACAAGGAUGGUAACGAGUUCUAUCGAUAUGUGCCACGAGACAUGCCACCCGCACAAACAUUUCUACUGCCAGGUGUAUCGGUGGAGGUAAGUAAAAUUUAUAUCAUAACCAAGAAUUUUAUAUUCAUGCAAAUUAUACAUGCAAAUGAGGGUAUUUUUGUACUAUUGAAACGAGUGGCAUCAACAAAGAUCGGACAGUUGUCAAUAUAAUACAAUAAUUUUGUG